AUGGCCGCGACCAUUAAAGAUCCACAACGGAUCGUGGAGAUACGGGAAAGUGACAUCCCCGUUCCCUGGUGCGAUGAAUUCGGCAAAAUGAUCAGUGGCAUGAAUCUUGAUAUUAGCAAUUCACGGGAGCUUAAUGACUUUAAGCUAGGCGUAAUGAGAAAACUACGCACGUUCAACAAUGAUGACAUCCCGGAUGAUAUGACUCUUGCGUCUUUGAAGAUGAGACGCAUGGCACUUGCGAAAGAGAUGCUAGGCAAGAUGGGAAAGGGCGUCUCUAUUGAGCCGCCUUUCUUUGUUAUUUGGGGCUGUAAUACAUUCAUUGGCAGUGGAGUCUAUAUUAACCGACAAGUCUCCAUCUACGACAAUGCUCUCGUCACCAUUGGGGAUGGUGUCCUCAUAGGUCCCGACGUCAGCAUCUGCACUACAACACACCCAACAGAUAGUAAAGGCCGAAAAGAAGCACAGGGUACAUCGUACUCCUUGCCCAUACGCAUCGAAGCGGACUGCUGGAUAGGAGCGAGAGUGACUAUCCUGGCGGGGGUCACUAUUGGUAGAGGCGCGACGGUGGCUGCAGGUGCAGUUGUCCAUAGGGAUGUUGAGCCGGAGACCUUAGUGGGUGGUGUGCCGGCGAAAUUUAUUCGGAGCUUGAAGGAGGUCCCGAAAAAUGAUGUGAUUGAGGAGGAAGAUGAGGAUGAGGAUGGAUUAUGA